GAAGCAGAACCAUAUAAUGUGUAGUAUUGUAAGAGUUUGGUUCAGUGUGAAAACCAACUUGGAGUAGUGAAGAGAAUUCUCUGUGGCAUAUUCAGAGAAAAAUGUGACUUUAAGUUCCCAAAAGAAUAUAGUAGAAACCAUUUUCAAGUGAAAUAAGUGAAGAAAAAGCCAUAGAAGUAUUCUGAUUUCUUGUAAUUUGACCCUUUUGUACCAUCUCAUCAAAUCGGUUGAACAUCGAUUUUUUACUUUGAAAAUUUUCUUUAUAGAAAUAAAAUUAACUUUAGUGAUUUAGAUACUUCUUGUGCGUGUGUGUGAAAUUUAAUAGGAGGAUUUUAGAGAAAUUCCCCUGGGAAAUUGGCGGAAUCUCGUGAAAAUUUCACUACUCAUAAUUCCGCUGGUCAACACGGCGAUAAGAACACGCGAGGAUGGUUAAUGAAUAUGCUGGGCCUCCGCCACAGGAGCUGGAAACAUUUUUGCCGCAGGAAGGAACAAAUGGAACAGUAAAAUAUAAAAUAACACCAAGGAAAGACAUUGAAAAUGGUGCCAUCAAAGAUGAAUACAAUCCCUUCAAGGAGAGAAAUCUUGAACAUCCGACAACGGAUGGUGAGACAUUGACCCACCUGCUCAAGGCUUCGCUAGGAACGGGAAUUCUGGCUAUGCCUGUGGCUUUUAUGUAUGCUGGUCUGGCGAUGGGUAUCUUCGCCACUAUCUUGACUGCUGUUGUCUGCACACACUGUAGCUAUAUUCUGGUAAAGUGCGCUCACACACUCUAUAGGCGGACACGGCAGCCUCAGAUGAAUUUUGCCGAAGUAGCUGAAGUGGCCUUUGCCAAUGGACCCAAAUGGGGCCGUGGAUUUGCCAAGAUGGCUAAAUGGACAAUUCUCAAUAGUCUGUUUAUCACGUACUUUGGCACCUGCUCAGUGUACUCAGUGAUUGUGGCCACAAAUUUCCAGCAAGUAUUUAGUCACUGGCUGGGUCUGGAAAUCAAUCUCCGUGUGAUGAUUGUUCUUCUCCUGAUACCUUUAAUCUUACUAGCAUGGGUGCCCAAUCUCAAGUACUUAGCUCCUGUGUCGAUGGUGGCCAAUGUUUUCAUGGCUAUUGGUCUGGGUAUCACAAUGUACUACUUGGUCACGGGAAUUCCCGAGAAGGCCAUUGAGAAUCGAGAUCUUGUGGCACCCAUAUACACCAUUCCCGCCUUUUUCUCCAUAACCAUCUUUGCGAUGGAGGCCAUUGGUGUGGUGAUGCCACUAGAGAAUCAAAUGAAGACACCAGAAAAUCUCGUGGGAAUCUGUGGAGUACUCAACAGAGGCAUGAGUGGAGUCACAUUAGUAUACAUGCUGGUGGGAUUCAUGGGAUAUCUGCGAUAUGGCGCUGAUACUGAAGGAAGCAUAACACUUAAUCUGCCCACUCAUGAAAUUCCCGCCCAAAUUGUAAAAGUGUUAAUUGCAUUAGCUGUCUUUUGCACUUUUGGAUUGCAAUUCUACGUGUGCCUGGAGAUUGGUUGGGAUGCUAUCAAGGCUAAUUUCCCCAAUCGGCCUACUCUAGCCAAUUACACAAUGCGAACUAUUAUGGUGAUGUCUGCUGUGCUUCUGGCUGUAGCUGUUCCCACUAUCUCACCCUUCAUCGGCCUUAUUGGAGCGUUUUGCUUCUCCGUGCUGGGCUUGCUGUGCCCCGUCUUCAUUGAGAUGGUGACUUACUGGGAUGAGGGUUUUGGACCAUGCAACUGGAUCAUCUGGAAGAAUGUGGUAGUGUGCGCUUUUGGCGUGAUGGCGCUCAUCUUUGGCUCUCGAAGCGCCAUCCUGGAAAUCAUCAAGCUCUACACGGACGAUCCGGAGUCACCUCUUAUGACUGCCGUUAAUGCCACAGCUAUUUAGCACUAAGACUACCCUCUCUCUGUGGCUACAAUUGACUCGUAUUAUUUUCUUUAUUAUACUGAGUAACGGCAGUGCCGUCGCGAGAUUCUUCCACAGAGAACAAUGACAACGUGUAUUUUUCACAGUAAUAAAGAUGCUAUAAUUACGCUAGAAA